AUGAGGGAAAAUGUGGGCCCUCUGCAGAAGGAGAUAGGAGGCCUGGUUACCCGGGAUAUGGAAAAGGCUGAGGUCUCUCAGGCAGCUGCAGAACUCCAACAGUACUGUAUGCAAAAUGCCUGCAAAGAUGCCUUGCUUGUUGGGGUUCCUGCAGGGAGCAAUCCCUUUCGAGAACCCCGAUCCUGUGCUCUACUCUGA